CAUAGUUGUUUUGCUUUUGUAUACAAAUUUAAGUUUUAUGCAUUUUUUAAAAUUUAUAUUACUUUGAAGUUUAAAACGUGUAUUACUGAUAACUUAUGUGUUUUAAAAUGUUUUAGGGAUCCUCAAUAAAGAUUUGCUUCACUUAAAAGAGAUUUAAUCUAUCUAAGGUUUAAGUCCUAUUAGCCUUUGAAGUUUUCUUUAGCAUGCAUUGGUAGCAACCCUAUGUAGUACGUGUCUUAGAAGUUGGGCCGUUUCAGGCAGUGCCAUGGAAGAAGUGAUCGGAGAAGAAAUCAAGAGGAGUGGUUUCACGUUUGAUGAAGAGGAAGAGAUUCUCAAGAAAUGUGUUACGUUCUGUGUUAAUUACAACCUAAAGCCUUCGGACAUUGUCAGCUGGGAGGUCUACUAUCUCAACAGGCAAUUAUAUGGGUCAGUGGUGCAAAUCGAACACAUGGAUGGGUUUUUACAACAUUUACAGAAUGAGCAAAAAGAUGCAGUCAUUAAAGGGGACCCGGAUCUUCAUGUGUACUCGAGCAAAGAUGUUCACAUGUAUGAUUUGAAUGAUGAGGAUGAAGAUCUAAAUGGAGACAUUCUUAAGACCCCAAAUGGGAAAUCUCAGAGCCUCCACAAAGAGCGGUUGGUGACACCUUACACGAAUGAAGGCUUGUUCUUCGGAAAGCCUUCAGAGCAUGUGACACCUUUUGGCCAAAGAACAGAAAAGUUUGUUGUGAGGUUCAACAUUAAUAAGCCUGAUAAGGUGACUGCUGAAAAGGAAGACAAUUGCGAGAAUGAUGAAGAUGCAAUUAUCAAGAAGGUUCAACCCCUGCAGGGAUGCUUAUUGACAAUCCAUGGAUCGGGAUUUGGACUUGAACCAAAUUGCAGGUUCAUGUAUGACAAGGAUGAAGAUAGGUUUAAUGCUCUUGAUAACCGAAUCAUGAGGCAUGCUAAAGCUCUUGCUGCAUCUGGGCUCUACGAAGAAGCAGUGGAUCCUACAGUUGCUUCACAGAAAAGCAUGUUUGCAGUGGGCAUGAUUUAUUUUGAUGGUGAAGGACACUUGAACGAUAAAUCCACCUUGUUGCAAAGCAGUGUCGCGCAUUCAGGGGAGCGAGUUCGUCUAGAAUUACAAAACUUAAGCCAAUUUUCAAUCUUUCCUGGCCAGGUAGUAGGUAUUGAAGGGCAUAAUCCUAGCGGACACUGCUUGAUUGCAUCCAAACUUUGUGGAUUCUUUUCCUUUGUCUGCCACUAUAGACCCAUUCUGCCUCCAGCAAAGAAGAUAGCUUUGAACCAUGAUAUCCAACCAAUUAAUCAAUCUUCUACACCGUCAGAAUUAUCGAUGAUCAUUGCGUCAGGCCCCUAUACAACAACGGACAACUUAUUGUUUGAGCCUUUGACUGAGUUAUUAGCAUAUGCAAAAAGAAGAGUUCCCCAGCUACUAAUAUUGCUUGGACCAUUUGUUGAUUCUGAACAUUCUGAUAUCAAGAGAGGAACUGUGGAGAUGAGCUUUGAGGAAAUUUUCAACUUUGAAGUUUUGAGAAGGGUACAAGAUUAUGCAGAACACAUGGAUCCUGAUGCACGUGUAGUGUUGAUGCCAUCUAUAAGGGAUGCUAAUCACGACUUUGUUUUUCCUCAGCCUGCUUUUGACAUUCCAUCUGAUCUUAGACUUCAGAUAUCCAGUCUCCCAAACCCAUGCAUUUUGGAAGCAAAUCAGGCAAAGAUAGCCUGCAGCCACAUGGAUAUUCUCAGACACCAUGGAGAAGAGCUGUCAAGAAACCUAACUAAGGGAGUCACCAACGACCGCCUGAGCACACUUGCAAGUCAUAUACUUCGCCAGCGCAGCUUUUAUCCUCUAUACCCUCCAGCCGAAGGAGUUCCCCUGGACUUUUCACUUGCCCCAAAAGCUCUUGACAUCUCUGUAAUACCCGAUAUUCUCAUUCUUCCAUCCGACAUGAAACACUUCGUGAAGGUAAUUUCUCUUGGUGAAGGAGGUUCAGAGGAAGAGCAAGCAAGAUGCAUAUGUGUGAAUCCCGGAAGAUUGGCCAAGGGUGAAGGAGGGGGCACUUUUGUAGAGCUUAAUUACUUCGGUAGGCCUGACAAGAUAAACGCUUCUGUUGUCAGCAUAUGAACGGUGGACUUCACGUCUAGCCCUCUCUGUUUGCCUCAUAUAUUGGACUGCCAAAACUUGUUUGCCUUCAGUUUCAGCUUGGCGCUUAAGUUUCAGGUACAAGAGUGGUAGUCUAAUUCAUUAAAUUAUCGAUUAGAUAUGAGAUCUGUAAUAAAUUGCUACAGAGUGUAUAUUAUUGUCCCUGUGUAAGAGGAGAGCAGAGUGGUUAAAACUUUCGAAUAUGAAAAGUAAACCUAUUUAGAGCAUAAUUUAGGAAAGUUAGAGCAUAAUUUAGGAAAGAAUUCAUCGUUUAGCUUAGAUAAGCUCAAUUGGUCAAUGUAUUAUUUACCAGUAGCUUUUCAAAGAUAGUAAGUUCGAGUCUUUCACUAUUCACGUUGGAACUGUGAUACUAAAAAACAUAAGAAAGAAAGAACUCAUUUGGUCGUGA